GUCCCCAGCCAGGGCUCGAACCCGGAAUACUCGAUCCGGAGUCGAGCGCACUAACCAUGAGGCCACCGCGCCUCUACAAGGUAUAGGUAUAGAACGAAUGCGUCACGAAGAGAGUCUCCGACGCUUACUUUUCACUAGCCCCCAGUCCUUGGUAGUGAUCGCUCGCACUUUGCGCAAGAGAGAGCCAGAUCAGAGGCAUUUUUCCGCUACCGGUAAAUCGCGCUCAAAAUCCCCUGCUUCGAUCACGCAAAGCAAAUACGGUUUCCCCCCAUGUGAGAGCAACUACAAUAGACAACCUGCAAAGACUCAUUUGACCUUAGUAUGCUGUUGAAAUCUUCUUUGCAUUCAUGUCAAGUCCUCAAAGAAGUCUAGACGACGAAACCUAAGAUAUACAUGUGCUUAGCUUCAAAAUACUUUUCCUUGCCUCGAGGGAAGAUAAAAAUACCGAAGAAAAGUGCGUCCCUCUCAAACUAGGAUAUACCGAUAUGCAACUUUUCCGGAACAAAAUCCAAGUCAAUAUUUUCAACCCUAUUUUUAGCCCGGAACUCUCGGCAAUGCACUUGCUGUAAUUUUUCGCGUGCUUUCCGGCUCGUUAUGAUCCUCAAAAAUCCCGAGAUUUACUAUCAUUCAUCACUGGACCCUUCUUCAAUUACGGUACGUCAUAGCUCUGUAAUUUGAACGCGAUUUGAAACUGCAAUGAUCGUUUUGCGAGCAAUCUUGAUGAAACCGGACUGCUCUUGUGAGUAAAGAUUACAAGCUCUCAAAACUGAUUGAGGCAUUUUCUGGUGGUUAAGGACCUGGAAGAUGAAAAACACAGGUUGUUUUCCCUACCGCCCGUGACAGAGACCACGUCGAAGACAUUUCUGUGCGUUGUAGAAGCUAACGCUCUAUUAACAACAUCAAUAGCAAACACAUGCUGGGGUUUGUAAUUUCUUCCAAAGCACGGUGGUCUUGUAUCCGAAGCGAAAUAAGUGAUUGUGUGAUAGAUACGCUAGUCAAUUAGCGCAAUGACGUCUGAGGAAGAAACGGAGAAAAUGUCGGCGCAAAUAACCAGCGAGGAAGGAAAGACUCCGCCUUCACCUGAGAUCCAUGAAAACGCUGCGCUAGAUUAUCAAGACAUUGAUCGUACGUUCACAGAAAAUGAAGAUACAGAAACAGACCAGCUUGAAGCAAACCAACGGAAUGGAUCAGAGAACGGUGCGUAUGCAGUGCGAGGUGUAAAACUUAAAGAAUUGACGUCUAAAAUGACCAGCUUAGGUCACCGCUUGCAGUCCCAGCUGGUUUCUCUACAUGAAACGGUUUGCAAAGAAACGGAGGCUUCCAAAGAACGUAGCAGGCUCUAUGAAUUGUUCCCUCCUGAGUUGGUUGAAAAGCUUCAAAACAGUACCACUGACCUGAACUGUGAAGUGAAAGUCCUUGAGAGAUACCUAGGACAAGUGCAAGAAUUGUUGACACUAGAGGAAAAUAGAAACAAUGGAUAUAAGAGCUUGAAUGGGGCUGCAUCCUGUCUAGAAAAGAAUCAAGAUGACAACCAGAAACAGAAACUGUCCUUGAAAGAACUUGAGGGAACGAGCGAGAAGCGAAUUGCAACCGACAAAGAAAAGUGGACAAAUGACAUGGAAUUGUUGACAAAUCAGCUGAGGGCAAAUGGAAACGUGAUAGAAAACGAGGAUGGAAGAGGCAGUGAUGGUUUAACCAGACUGGAGAAAUUGGAAUUAGAAAACCAAAGCUUUAAGAAGCAAUUAAAAAUGAUUAAGGACAAAUUAAUCGAGCGUGGGCUUUUGGACCAGGAGAUGGCUUCACUUACAAACGUGGAAUCUCCAUUUAUUGCUAAACAUGGCGACGGUUCUGCUUCAUCUGAACUUGCCAUCCUACAGAAAGAAAGAAAAGUCUUGCUAGCGACAGUUGUUAGACUGCAAAGCCGAGAGAGCAAUAGCGAGAAGAAAGACAACGACAUAGACACUUGUGAUGCCGCGGUUCAGUGUAAAAUUAACAUCCUUGGCCAAGUGGCGAAUCAAGGCGUUUCGCUAUCGAAUGAACUUGAAGAACUCAGAAAGCGUGUGACCGAACUACAAGCGGAAGUCGACGAGCUAGAGGAAGAAAAUAAAUCCCUGGAGGAAGAAAGUGCCAAACUGACGGAGGAAAAAAGAGUACUCGAGGACAGCACGGACAAGUUGAGAAACCAAAUAACUGACGCCUUGGAUUCUAGUCUGGAAGAAAUGGAACAUAUACAACGGGAAAAAGAGGACAUUCAAAGUAAGUUAGAACUUGCGGAGACAGACAACAAGAAGCUACGUGACAGCUUUGUUGAACUUUUAAAGAAGAAUACGGAUCACUUAGAGGCCAUUCUGGAUGAAAUAGAAAGAAAGGACUCCCUUGAGGAUGUUGUGGACUUUUUAAGUACCGAAGUUGAAAAGCUCAAUGAAAUCAAUAGCCAAGCGGUGAACAAUAUACAAAAAACGUGUCUCCCCAGGGACACCUCGCAAAAAUUUCAUAACUCGAGCCUUUUGAACGAAAUCAAGACAUGCAAAGAAUUAAUAGAUUCACAAAGAGCCCAAAUACGACAACUUCAAGUGGACAAAAGAGACAUUGAAGAUAGCUGUAUCAAGCUAAAGCGAGAGGUGGUAAUUCUGCGGACGAAGCGGGGCGAGAAGACGCCACCGGAGUACAACAGCACCGGUAGCAUGCUACCAAGUCGAAAGACUUCGGUCGAGCGAUGCGAGUUUCUUAAACAAGACAUCCUUCGCCUUACCAAGCGCGGAACUGAGUUGGAAAAUGUCAUUAAAAGGCUCAAGUCCGACAACUCUAACUUAGAAGAGGAAAAGGUUUGUUUGCUGGACUCGUUGUAUCAUCAACUCGAAAGGAACGAGUCCCUGGAGGUGCAAAUCGAUAAACUCAAUAGUGUAAUUAAAGAAUACAAUGGCGCUAACGGGCUGCAAGAAUCGUCAACAAACCUACUCAACAAACAACAAGAUUUUACCACAAGUGACCGGGAUAGAGAUGUAAAUGGGAACGUUUUGAAAAGCGAGAAUUUCGAUCACGUUUGUCCUCAAGACAGUGACGAUUACGUACACGAAAAUGGUUCUAUCGCAGAAGAGACUGAAGACGAGUCACGAACGAACAAGCUUCGACUUAAUGAACAUGUACAAAGCUUAGAAGAGCGUGUACUUGAACUUGAAAAGGAGAAAGAGAAAAUUCAAGGACAACUGGACGAGAGUAGCAAAAGCGAAAAGGAACUGCGAGAGCUAGUACAGCAAUUAAGGAACGAAUGCGUAUCGUCGAAGAAUCAGUUGAAAAAGAACCAAGAAGUUUCGGACACGCUUCAAGAAUGCCUUCGCGAAGCACACGAAGAAAAGCAAGAAUUUGCCGAGUCUUUGGACGAAAUCACCGAAGAAAAGACAACCUUAGAAAAGAAGAUUGAGAUGACGGAAAACGAACUGAACGAUUUGAAGGGGAAAUAUCAGCGUUUAAAGACCGAAUUCGAGUCGGUUACAGCUGGCGUUGAAAGCACUGACAAAGCCAAACAACAGAUGACAUCGAUUCAUGCGAAACUGUCAGAGCUUUACGAGGCUCUGACAGACAAAGAUAAAGAUAGUACUUCUGAAGAACACGAUGCUGAACUUCAAGAAUCGAUAUCCUUGGAAGAACAAGGCAACAGCAUAAUCUCACUGACUGAAAAAGUCCACAAAGAAGUCACGCUUCUCAAGAAAGAACUCAGGAGGGUAAAAGUUGAACAAGAAAAGCUGAAGACGAAAUUUGAAACGUCUCAAACGGAAAAAAUGUCCCUUCAAAAAUACGUGCGAGAACUUGACGAAAAGCGACGGCAAGUAAAGAGUUUUAUUACGAAACUCACCGAGGAGAAAGAGGCGAUGUCAGAACAAAUGGAUGAGAUCAGACAGCAGAAGACCAACUUAGCUGAUGCUUUAGAAAACGUUUAUCAAAGCAAGGAGAGUCUGCAAUGCCAACUGGAAGAUGCGUUGUGUAAGCAGCACGAAAACAGCAAGUCCAUGACGGAGGCUUCUGCAGAGGUUCAAAGUUUGAAGAAGUCGCUUUAUAGAAUGGCUGAGGAGCGAGAUGCCCUUAAAGAAGCGCUGCUUGACAUCACGAACGAGUUUCAAACGCUGAAGACGUCCGAGGCUAAGUUGAAAGAAAAAGUUACUGGCGCUCAAAUUGAAGCUGACCAGAGCGUGGAAGAAGCGAGCGACGUGAGUGCCAGAGACGAAGAAAAAGAGGUUAUCAAUCGCCUGCAUUUGGAGAACGACGGACUAAAGAAACAGCUAGAAAUGUUGAAAACAAGUAAGCUCUCUUCGCAAGAAGAACGGCUUGAGGCGAGCGUUAUGGAGGGAAGUCCUCUCGACUCAAGCGAUGGUCUUCAGGAAUCGUCGGAAUCCGGAGACGAAAUACAAGUUACAACGGCUUCGGAGUACGGCAGCAGCCCGCCUGCCUAUGAAACAGUUGUGUCCUUAGCUCUAGAAGAACCGAUCGAUGAUACGGAGUUGCUAGUCUCAAGUGGGGCAAGUUCUUUGCUUCAAAGUGUGUCACCUGAUGACCAACAGCGGCUUGAUGUACGCUACACUGAACUGUCUGUGGAGAAAAAGGCGCUUGAGGUACAGCUGAAACGAAGCGCUGAAGAGAUCGAACAACUGAAAAGUUGGUUUGAUUCCAUGUCAGCUGAGAAAGAAAUCAUGGAGAAAGAACAAGAAUCCAUUGUAACGGAAAACGAAGAGUUGCUGAGAGAUCUCGAAAGAGCUAAGGAGGAAGAAGAAAAACUAAAACAACGUCUUGAGGAAGUCUCAAAGCAAAAGGGAGAUGAGGACAAACCCACAGAAGACAUCUCAGCGGCAUUAGAAGAGAAAAACAAAGAAAACGCGCAGCUUCGAGAAGACUUGAAGAAACAAGAGAAAGCAAACAAAGAUGCGACAGAAGCCCUUCAACUGGCCAACAUGCGCAAGAAAACACUCGAAAGCCAAGCCAGUGAGUCUUGGGAAAGAGCCGAGGCACUGGAGAAGUCUUUGAAAGCCUUCAAACAAAAGAAUGACACACUUUCUAAGGACAUAUCCGACUUAAAGAAAGAGAGAGAGGCACUUAGUAAAUCAUCAGAGAAGCUCACUGAGGAUUACAAGACUCUCAAGCAGAAUCUGAACGCACAAAGCAAGAAGCUUGAAAACGUUGAAACGGAUAGUAAUAAGAAGGGCAAACAGCUGACCCAGCUUUCAGAACAGGUGAAAUCGCUUGAAGAACAACUUCGACAGAAAUCGCAAGACUUGACUGAAUUAGAGGAAAAAUAUGAGAAUAUGGUGAAAGAAAACGAAGAUAUUCAUGCACUGGUUGAUGAGAUGAAGAGUGAGAGUGAAGCCCUCGAUAGGAGACAGGAACAACUUCUAGACGACUACAGGACACUUGAGGAAACAUUAGCAAGAGCCAGAACAGAGAAGAGUGAAGAAGAUGAAAUUCUCAUAGAGAAAGAGCGAGAGUUGGAAAGCGUUACUAAGGAGCUAAACAACGAAAUUGAAAACUUAAAAAGCUCACUUAAGGCCGCACAAGACAAGCUUGAUGCCACCGAGGACGACUUGGAGCUAACAGAAGAAGAAAAAGACGAUUUAAAGACUCAAGUUGCAAACUUCAAAGAAAGCGAGAAGCUUCUUACAGAAGAGUUGGACAAAAAGUCACAGGAGAAUUUACAAUUCCAAGAUCGCCUAGAAAAGUUACAAGGCGAUAAGGAAUCUCUUGAACGCAAGUUGGAAGACGUAGAAAAAGAGAGUAUUGUGAUGAAAGAUGAGCUUAAGGAUUUGAAAACCCAAGCUACAGAUUUGCUCGCUUUUGUUGAUCGAUCAUUCGAAAGGAAUCCAUCGAAACAAUCUAAAGAGAUGACACGUGAAGAGACAAAUAUUGUGGAAUAUGUUUGUAAACAUAUCGAAGCUCUCUCGAAAGAAAAGGCGUCUUUGGCAACAAAACUCGAAGAAGAAGCAUUGAAGUUGGCACGCGCAGAGAAAGAUUUGCAGGAGUUGAGGAAUGAGCUGAAAACAUCGACGGAAAGACUAGAGAAGGCUGAAAAUACAAAUCGCGAAAUCCAAGACAACAACAAGGAGCUCAUUCAAGAGCGAGCUGAGUUGACGCUACAGUUGCAAGAGGCGCUAGACAAAGAACACAUGGAACACGCACCAUCUGAAUCAACACCCGCGCGUUCUCGAGAUGAAACGCGACUAUCGCGCGAAAUUAGUGAUGUUCGUACUCUGAUCGAAAAGCUUAGCUUGCAGAAGGAGAAGUUAGGAGCUGCGUUAGCGAGCAAAGAAAAGCAAAUCGCUACUGUUACUGCCGAAGCGAGCGAGAAGGCAAAAAUGUUGGAGCAUAAAGAGAGGGAAGCCGAGUCUUUGAGCCUAACAAAAGCAGAAGUGGCAGUAGCAUUGGAAAUGGCGAAAAAUGGCUCGGAAAAACUGCUCACGGAGUUGGAAAGCGAGAGGAAUAAAGUUGAAAGUUUGAGGCAAGAGUUGGAGAAGCUAAAGAAACAACACCGAAAUAAUCAACAGGAUCUGACAGCUUGUGCUUCUAGGCUUGAAGAGGAGAAGAAGUCGUUUACAAUGGCCGAGAAUAAAUGUCAAGAUCUUGAAAAACGCUUGAAGGAAGUAGACGAGGAAAAUGUGAAGCUACAAGAAGAAAAAAUUGAGCUAGAGGAAAAUCUUGAAGCUAAGACUGCUAAUCUGUCCUCAGUGGAAAUGCUUGCCAAAGAAAACGUACUGAAGUGGAAGAAAGAGCUGGACCAGAAAGACAAGCAAAUUCAUUCCCUCAAUCAAGACUUGAAGAAGUCGAACGUCUCCCUUUCAGAGUUACUCAGAGUUGUCGACGAGUUAAAAAACAAGAUUACUGAACUCGAAAAGCAGUGUAGUCAAGCUGAGAAGUCGCGCAAAGAAGUGAUCGAGGAAAGAAACAACCUGCAAAAGAAAUUAAAUGAACAAACGGACGCUAAGAAAGCGCUGGACGUGAAGUUACAAGAAUUGAAGACAGACAUAACCAAACAUCAAGAAGAAAACGAAGAUCUUAAAAAGCAAAUUUCGACUACUGGCAAUGAUAAGGAGUCCCUACAGAGAAACUUAGAGGACCUGGAAGAACAAGAUAAGAACAAAGAGAAACGGCUGGCUGAUUUAAACAAAAGCAAACAGUCCAUGGAAAACGAGUGCGCUAAGUUGAAAUCUGAGUUAACAUCGCUCAAAGAGGAACUGGCAAAGAAGACUUCAAGCCUGGAGAAAAUUCAACAGGAAUUGAAUGAUUCAAAAGGUCUUAUGCAAGAAAGCAAAGACAAAUUUGAUCAGCUGAAAAUGGAAAACGAAGAGUUGAAGAAGGCCCUGGAUAGCGCAGAGAAAAAAUUUGGAAGAGCAGAAACAACAGCAGCAAAAACAAAGGAACAAAACAAAAAGCUGAAGGCGAAGUUAGAAGCCAUCGAGGAAGAAAUGGCCGCCCUGAAUUUAGCGUUUGCCGAAGCUCAGAGUAAAGAACAAAGUUUGUUGAUUGAAAUGAAGACAGAAACAGAACGCAUCGAAUGCGAGUUGGAGAGGCUAACAAGUGAAUGUGAAAUUCUCAAGGAAAAAUUGGAUGACGCUGCUGAGGAGAAGAACGAACUGGAGCAGGAGCUUGAACUUGAAAGAGUACAAAGAAAGAAUGUCGAAGAGGAACUGUCCAAACUAACAAAGGAUCACGACGCUCUGAAGAUUUCUUCGCAGACAUUGGCUCAAGACACGGAGAAUUUGAAACACGAGUUUGCACGUGAAAAAGAGGAAAGAGCGAAUAUUGAAGAGGAAUUGGCGAAAUUGCAAGGAGAGAAAGACUUGUUAAAAUUGUCGUCGCAAACUUUCGCUCAUGAUCAGAAAGAUGCAGGAAAUGUGAAGGAAAGUGAAGAAAUAAUCCUGUGUGCUGAGGAAGGAACACUUUCAUCGGCAGCAGACAUGGAAUUCAGCUUAGAGUCGGCCUCAGAUGAAGGAGGUUCUCUCGAGGACCAAUUAGUGAAGCAACGUCAGAUUAAUUCAGAGUUAAACGAGGAACUGGAGGAACUUAACGAUGAAAAAGACGAACUGAACGAAAUUAUUGAAGAGUUGAGGUCUAAGGCGAAGAAGCUACAGCAAAACGUAGAUGACCUGAUUGAGGAAAAAGAAAGUUUGGAGGACAAACUGGACGAGAAUACGAAACAUUACAAAGAAGAGAUUGGAUCUCUGGUUGAUGGUAAAGUAGAGCUAUCGAGAAAGCUAGAGGUUCUCCUAAAAGAUAAAAAUGUUCUUCGCGAGGAAAUAAAAACCAAGGAAAGAGAGUACAGUGCAGCCUUGGAAGAAGGGAAAAAGUUGGAGGAUGCCCUGGAGAAGAGUGCUCAAGAAGUAAAACGCCUAUCAAAAGAACUCGACAUGGAAGUCGAAGAACUCGUCGAAGAGAAGCUAGCGAAAAGCAAGGAAAGAAUGAAGGAACUUGAAUACAAACUGGACCAGUUGAGCCUUGAAAAUCAGGAGAUAAUGAGUGAAAUGGCUGAGAGAAAGAACGAAAACUCCACAUUACGUUUAGCAGUGGAAGAGGUGACAUCGGCGAAAGAGGAGUCCGAGAUGCAAUCUGCAGCAACAGAGAAGGAGCUUUAUGACGAAAUCGAUAAAGUACAGCAGGAAUUGAACGAGAAAGCUAAAACGAUAGCAUCUCUCGAAGAAGAAAUUGCUGAGUACAAAAGAUUGAAAUCUGAGAAAGAACAAGAAGAAAACGAGGCAAUGGCGGACCCAUCACAGAAAGACCUUCAGGAAAAGUUUGAUCAAUUACAGAAUGAACUGGACGAGAAGAACAAAGCGAUUUCAGCCCUGGAAAAAAUAAUCGGCAGUUACAAACGAUCCAGACAGGAGCGAGAACGAAAAAUGCAAGAUACGCUCGAGAAAUUACAAGAGGAACUAAGCGAGAAGGAUUUAAAGAUUUCAGCACUUGAAGAAGAAAUUGCCGAGCAGAAACGAGCCGGGAAUGAACUAAAAGAGAACAUCGACAGCGACAUCAAGACAGAAACGGCAGAGAACGAUCAAAUUAUCGAAUUGCAAAACGAACUAGCUGAGAAAGAUAAGAAAAUCGGAUUGCUUGAGGAAACAAUAGUCGAUUACAAACGAGCGAAGUUUGAACAGGAGCAGGAAUUCAAGGAAAAAGAAGCAAGCUUGGCGACGGCUCGAGAAGAGUUCCGCAAGACGUUGAAAGAGAGAUGCGAGGACGAGGAGCGAUUGGAGAGCCUCAGGCGGGCGAACAACCGACUGCAAGAAGCGCUAAACAUCGCCAAGGAGAAAGAAAAUAAACUAACGAAAGAGUUAGAAGAAGUAAAAGAUCGACAAGGAUACCAAAAUGUGAUGGUUACCGAAGAAAAGGUGCGAAAGACAUCCGCUACUGAGGCAUUGGAGAGUGGCGGGGAAAUAGUAACCAUCAUGUCUUCUAAAGUCUCUCAGCUGAGCCAGACCCCGCCGAAAAUAGAAACAGGCCAACUCGAAAAACAAGCCGCCGCGCUUGAAAAUGCCAGAAAAGAAAUAACCAUGCUGGAAUCCCAUGAACAGGAGUUGAGAGGCGAGUUAAGAAAAGCACGUGAUCAAGUCUUUGAUUUACAGCUCGAGCUGUCCGAUGCGCUGCGAGCUUUGAAACAGAAGGAACGACUACACGAGCAAGAACGAAAGCGAUUUCAAUACACUAUUGAAGACAUGGAGAAGGAGUAUACGAAAAUGCGCCGCGAGCUCUCUUCAAUUCUAGCCAUGGAGAAGAACAGAUCAUCGUUUAUUACAGUGGUAGAGCUGAAAGGCACUCUACGAAAAGCAGAGUCAGAUAUGCUUGAGGCUGUGUCCAAAACAGCAGACCUGCUAAGCCGAGCUAAGAACGACAUCCAAGAGAGCCGUCGAAUGGAGUCUGAAAAAGACAGCGCGGAGAGGUCCAGCGAGCGGGCUCGGAGUUUUAUAGAAAAGUCCAUGGAGGAGAACAAAGAUCUUCUUAAGCAGUUAGACGAAGUUUGCAGAGAGCGAGACAGGAUCGCGAGGAGACUGAAACGCUCUGAAGUUGCGCAGAUUCUUUUGAAGCAAAUCCUGAACGAGUCGCUGGUUGAAGUUGAAAGAUUUAAGCAUCUCGUUGACUUCAAUGGAAAACAUCAGAAAGGCCGCUCGGCGAGUGUUAGAAGCUAUAAAGCUGAAACGAGCACUCAAGAGCUGGAGACGCAGAGUGAUCUAACGGCAAGGGACUUAGAAGAAGCCGAACGCUUGAAAGAUUGUCUCGAAGAGCUGCGCAGAAAUAUCAGAGGUUUAGAGGAAUGCCUGGACGAGGAGAGAUCUAAGGGUGAAGGGAACCUACUUGAUUACUUACGCGAGAAGAACAAAUCACGCGCUGAGAUUACCGCCUUGAAGCAGUGCUUGCAUGAAUCCGCGAUCAAGAAGGAGUCCCUACAAUCACUGGUCAGCGAACUCCAAGGGAAAUUGGAGCUGGCGCUAAUGGAGAGAACCGCUGUCGAGAACGAGGUUUCCGAAGUUCGAUACGAAGUUGAGAAGCUGCGGACUCUGUCGUACGAUGAACGAGCAGAGAAGAAUUCUCUGAGACAGGCAAAUGCGGAAUUGAAGCGAUCGCUGCUGGAUACGAAAGAAAAAGACGGGAAAGCGGUGAAAGAGUCUGACAAGGUAAAGGAACUGAAAAAGGAGAAAGACCGCUUGUCCACAGAAAAUGAAAAAUUGUGGAAAAACGUAAAAGAACUGAGUAAAGAACUAGAGAAAAUGAACAAAGACAAUUUUGCAAAGAUCUCUAAAGAGUUGGAAAACGCUAACUAUCGCAUCAGUGAGUUAUCGAGUGCCAAAGAAGCCGCCGAGAGCAAAAACCGAGCGAUAGACGCUGAACUCCAAGGAACUAAGUACAAGUUGAGAGUCUUGGAAAAGGAGCGCAAUGCUUUGAAGGACAAAGUCCAAAACUUAGAAGAAAACUGUAAAGAGUUGGAUAGUGAGAAAGAUAAGCUUGUAGACGACGCGCAUUCGUUUAAACUGAAAAUGGAUAAGAAAAACCAAGAGCUAAUGUCAAAGCUUGAGUCGAAGGAACACGAGGCAAUCUCCUUAAAGGCGAGAGUCGAAGGUCUCGAUGCCCUUCAACGGAAACUUGAGAAUGAUGUCCGUGGAUUGGAGAAAGACAAAGAAAACUUUGCGUCUCAAGUCCGUUCACUGGAGUACGAUAAAGAACGCAUUGAAGCGAUCAACAAACAGCAAAAGGCAAAUCUAGAAAUUGUUCUUCUUGACAAAAGUAGUGAAAAAGACUUGGAUGACAAACUGAAGAAUUUGUUCACAGAAAACAAUAGACUUGAAGAGAUGAACAAGAGUCUAGAGACAGAUGUGGGAGAACUGUAUAAGGAGCUCGAAACCAAGGACCAAGAGAAGAAAGGUCUCGUUGAAGAACUACACGAAAUGGCAACCAAGAUUAAACAACUCGAGAAGGAGAAACAAAACCAAGCGUCUCUUAAAGAACAGCUUGCUGAACAGUUAUUGGAAAAAGACGAAGCCAUGAAGACAAAGACCAAACUUCUGUCGAGUCGUUUAGACAGUGUCCUAAAAGAGACGGAAAAUCUGAAAGAUUCGUCCGGUAAAAUGGAGCAAAUGGGAGUGGAAUACAGGCGACUGGAAGAUGAAAAUCUUCAGCUCAUAGAAGGCGUGGAAAAACUGCGCGACGAGAUUGUCAGUUUGAAAAAGGAGAACGAUCUUCUGAGGCGAGCUUGUCAGCAAUUGCGGGGAAGGAAGUCUAUUACGGAAGAGAAAUUCAUAGCUGAUACUUCAAAUUCUGAACUCAAUAGCGAACCAUUCCCAAGGAAGAGCUCGUUGAAUAAACCGUUAGUACACCAAUUUCAGCCCAUCCAGGAAAGAGUCAUCGCAGAAGAAACAAACGAAUUGAAUGCGAUGAGUGGUAGAGAGCCUCAAGAGCCUCGUCGCAGAUCCUACGAUCCAGUUCCACGGGAUAUAAAACUUUCUAAAGGAUCGUUAGCACCAAUGCCCCCGUGGACAGGGGAGGGGAGGGGACGACAAGGUCAACGAGGUACCUCACGGGACCGGCAACGGUCCAAUAGUUCCCCAGCAGUGAAACGUUAUCCAGACGCACCGCAAACAAGACGCGACGCAUCCCCAGCCCCGAAGGGGCCCUCUCCACCCUCUACAGACUCCAGCCGUAGCUCGGAGACCGACCGCAGCGUUUGCUCCAGGAGCUCCUAUUGCAGUCCCAUUUUGUCCCUGGUGGAUACGUGCCCUCUUCAUCGGAACUCCUCGACGGAGCGUCCCCCAAAUCAGUGUCCCAUUUGCAAAAAGGAGAGAAGAAGGCCUGGUAUGGCGCCAAAAGAAUAUGUGACUCUAGAAAAAUACGUAUAAAUUUUCUUAAAUAUAACUAUUACAUAACUAUAAUUAUAAUCCAUCAAAUAUUUUCGCUCGCGCGCGAUUGGUCUAGACGCGUCACGUGACUGAGUAUGC